GUUUUAGAUUAUCGAUUUUUUAUUUUAUGCAUUUCACGCCUGUCCACGCAACCGCGCACUGAACCAUGAGCGAGGCCACGGUCACAGAGCUUGCUGUUCGCAUGCUGAACACGCUGAAGAACAUCUCACCGAAAGCUCGUCAAGCCAGGGAGCAAAUACUCAUUGACUGGUUUAUCUAUUGCAGCAGCCAGAGGUAUCCCCGGUCACAGUGGUAUUGCAACCUGCCGCGUCUGCAAGAGUACGGGGAACGUGUUGUUGACAUAAGGGAGCUCAGACGGCGCUUGAACGUGCUAUUCUUGACCUGGCAAACACCUGAACCUGGUGCAGAUAACGAUUUGAAAAAGAAAAUGUAUGAGGCAGCAUAUGGGCGGAUCCGCGAGCACCUCUGGGGGCGGAUAGAGAAGGAGUUUAAAAGCAGGCAUGGGGACGACUCUGGCAGAUACGACCGUGUGUCUAGCAGUGCCGCGCCGCCACCGAAGGCACAGACAAUGAUGAGUGGAGACGCGAGGCGCCAGGGCGUCGAGCAGGCGCGGCGGAAGCCACGGGAAAUUGAUCUUGGCUGCAACCAGAUAGUCGACGAGCACAUAACCAGCCCCGACGGCAUUACAGCUGACUUUGAUUCUGGUCCCAUGGGUGUGUCGUGGCGCACAUACGCUCAGGAAACCAACACAUACCUCAACUGUCUGCUUCUCCGGAGGUCAUCGUUUGGCAGCAUCCAGAUGCGCGCGUGGCACAAUCUGUCACUGUGCAUGUGGACAGAUGCAAAUGCGCUGCGCAAGACGCUGGUGCUCGGGUCCCUGAGUCUGCAGCAGAAGCGGCUGUCGGCUUCCAGUGUCUCACAAACAAAGCAGAUGCUGGGAUCAGGCAAUCCGCGGACUCGGCGGCCACUGACGGAUAGCGGCUCAGAACUACUCAGGAACCGCAGCAUCUUGCAAUGUCCGUGGAACGCACUGGCGAUUUUGUUCUACCACAAGUACCAUGUGCGCAAAGAGCCACCGCCAGACUUUUCCAGCGACUCGUGGAUGGACGAGCCGGUGUUUUCGCAGGACAAGUCUGGGUUCGACGACAGCCUGAGAAAGCAUUGCGCCAGCGAAUACAACGAAUUCAAGCGGGUGAUACAGACUGGAAAGCAGUCAUUCAAACGGAUGACAACCAAGACAUUUCAUGAAGUCAACCAUCAGCUCAACCAGUCCAGACUCUUCCGAAGCACCGUGACCUCGCUACAGAACCUGGUCAUGUCGAAACGGUAUCUACAGAAUGGCCUAAUGGAAAAAAUCCUCGAGGCAUUUGUGAUUCCACGGCAGCAGCUAGUAGUGCCCGACGAACUCACGGAACAGAUCUUUCCCUUUGCUGAUGGAGUUGCUGACUUUCCCGGAUGGGAGGCACCAGGCGAUGUGGCAGACAAGGAGCGGCACUUGGCAGCGCUCAAUUUCUGCAAUUUGCUUAAAGCCCUGCGCACUGCGCUGUUGCAGGACAUGGCGCUGCUGAGUUACAAUCCGUUCUACCAUCGCAUGGUGCGUGGGAUCAGCAUUAUGCUGACCCCGCCGUUCCAGGACUACAGGUUCGUUACGCUCACCCAAGACACGCUGGAGCAUUCAUGGGGCAAGGACUUCCAGGCGCUAAUCAAGGAAACGCCGCGUGCGCACGAGCUCGGCUUUGUUGUCCCCGACAACGCAUAUUCAGCGCCAAGCGUCGAUGUUGGCCAGCCGCAGCCAGGUAGCGACUCUACUUCGGGUCACAGCUCAGUGAACAAGCGGCAGCGUUCAUCAACGGUAGUCCCAGACGAUGCAGCCCAAAGCACGCAGCCCGCAGAGUGCCAAGGGGUUGGCGAUAUCGCAAAGGUGUUUGCUGAAACUGGCGUAUCACAGAGAGGCUAUGCCGAUACUCCAGCCAGCAGCAACGGCAGCAGUACUGCGACCGAGUCCGAUUCCAGCUCAUUUGAGUCCGUCACGCAGCAGCUGACCUGGCUGAUCGAGAACAUCCGUGCGUCGCCUGUCGCCAGCAACAAGUCAGUGCUGCGGAAGCUAAUCCGCCUGCACCAAGUACAUACUGAGAGAGAGCAGCAGAUACUGCAUAUGAUCCAGGCCAGGUCGGUGCUUUUGACGACCGGUGACGACAUCCAGAGCAAACUUAAAAAGAACAUGGACGAAAUGUCGGCGACGAUGGAGCGGGUGUGCAGCAUCAUGCGGUCGAUGAACGAGUCGGACGGCUGGGUUUCAACAACUAUGCAGCAGAUCACUGCGAAGCUCAGAGAGGCAUUUCAAAGCACAAUGGAAAUAAAUGGCUGCUGAAACCAUGG